AUGUACACUUUACGUGGCAUUCCGAAAUGGUGGUUCGACCACUUUCAGGACCUUUUUGCAAGAGCGAAGGAGGGGAAAUUAGAGGGCUGGAGAAUGCCACAAAGGGUUGACGACUUUACCUCUGGCCUAAUCAAUAUUAUCGAGACCCAAGGUAUCCAGAGUUUCAAGGAAACGUGGGACACUCUCGAAAGCAGGGUCAGGACAGCACAGUGGCCUCUAAUUGCUCUUUAUUUGUUACGCAAUUCUCCCGCCAAGGCGCCCGAAUUCCUGCUCACUACACAUUAUGAACCCUAUCCCCCGUUUGGGAUGCUCGAUCGAGCCCUUACCCGAAAUGCUCUUUUGACCUGCAUGGACCCAGAAAGAUGGCCGGUCAUAACGGUGCCCCAGCGCGGAGUCAGGAUGUAUGUGAAGUCUGCGGGGUUGAAGAACGCAUACAAGGCGUUUGAAAUUAUGCGGGAACGAGAAUCUCAGGUUUCAGCUCACACAAUCCUUGGCUUUAUGAAUGUCUUCAUAAAUGCUUGUGAUGUCGACAGAGCACUCGAAUGCCUCCGUAUGAUCCCCGUGAUCAACUCGCCUCGACUUACAAUGGAUUCAGAAGGUGUGCUGCGCCACUGCUGCAAGUUGCUUCUCUUGGAUCGGGUUGUGGAUGAGGACGGUUCACGGAAUUUCAAGAUCUUGCCGCAGAUCUUGGAACUAGGGGUCAAACCGUGUCUGGAAAUGAUGAAUAUCGUGCUAUCAAACGCUUUUGCGACUGGCGAUUCACAUCUUGGUAUGGACAUGCUGAAAUACAUGGAGGACCAGGGCAUGGUAUUCAGUUCUUAUACUUACAUGACGUUGCUCAAGGAUGCUGUGGCUCGAACUGAUGUGGACCGAGUCGAGUCUCUUUUGCGGGAAAUAAAUUCUCGCAAUGAUUUCAGAAACAAUAAAUUCAUUGCUAGCAAAGUAUUCCAUGCUCAUUUCGUUUUCAACGUCAAGCAUUACAAUACAGAAAUUAGCCCGAGCGCAACAUUCGUGGACAUGCUGGAUUUUUACUCUCGCUACUACGACCUUACUCCGCUCAGAGACCUCAAGAUCAUACCAAACGACUAUAACAACAUGGAAAUUGAUCAAGACUUACAGCCGAGCGCUCCAGUGCUCUUCAUCAUGCUAGCGACGUAUCUGAGGUGCUCUCGGAACCCUGAGCGAACACUGCAGGUAUACCGGGAAUUUUGCCAACGCGUUGCCGAGCGACAUCCUCUCAUUGCACCACUAGUCCAGUAUCCACAGAUAUUCAACGAAUUCAUCCUUUCCUUCCGUUAUCCCCAUUCGGAUUUAUCGGACUGUGUUCAAAUCGUGGAGGACAUGAUCCAUCCCAGUACAGAGUCGUUCGUUAUUGACGACGAGCUGAUAGAACCAGCCAAGCCCAACAUCUACACAUGGACCACCUUGAUGAGCGUAUUUGUAGCGCACGGUGAUCCGGAGGCUGUGAGAUCGGUUCGAGAGACAAUGGAGAAAAACGGCGUUGACUUCAACAUUGUGACAUGGAACACGAUCAUCAACAGCGCCGUGCGUACUGACGAUGUGCCAGCCACCGCCUUGGCAAUGAAGGAAAUGGACAGGGACGGCUUUACUCCUGAUGCGUACACGCUGAAAGCAUUGCGCUUGGUCAAGGAGCCGGAACUCCUUCAAGCGGCAAUCCAGAAGCUGGACGAAGAGGCAAAAAAGCUUCUCUGGGAGGAACAAGAAGCUCUUGAUCGAGAGGACGACGAGCUUUUGGAUAAAGGCCUGAAACGGUUGGCCAUUUCUGCGAAAACAUAG